AACGUGUUAGGAGCUUUUGUGACGUCACGUGUUAGCCGACGUCAUAGUGGUAUCAAAACACGCGCGCCUUUUGUGACUAGUAUAGUCCGUCCAUCAUUUGCUUUGGAGUCGAAUUGUUGACUGCAAACUAUUUGCGUGGAAUCUCCUCUCCCGUGAGCGAUGAGAAACCAACUGGCCGCGCGCCUUGUCCGUAUUCUUGCGUUGAGCGCCGCGUGGACUUCGUCAACUGAUCCGGGCUUAGCGUGUGAGAAAGACUGGCUCCCUUUCGGCUCCUGUUGCUACAAGAAGAUGAACACCCCCAACGGUUGGCUGGGGGCUCGGCACGACUGCGUCUGGGAGGGCGGCGACCUGGUCUCCAUCGCCUCGUCGGACGAGGAAGCCUUUGUGAAGAAGGAAAUGGGCAAGGACCGCUUCUGGAUCGGACUCUCCAAUCUGAAAUGCGACGAGGCUUGGUGUCAGUAUGACAAGGAGCAAAAGGAGCUGACUUGGUCCAAUGUCCGCGUGACGGCGAGCUACUCCAACUGGGACAACCGUCAGGUUGGAAGCUCCGACGUCGAGUCCUGCGCGUUCGUCAACCAAGGCGUGUCCACGACCGUGCGUCAGCUAGGGAAGUGGCGACACGGCUCGUGCGGAUCCUCGUUGCCAUACAUGUGCGAGCGCUCGCCGGACGACUGCCCGGAGGGCCGACAGUGUUCCUUAAAAGACUUUGGUUACGAUCGAGUGGAGACUUCCUCCUGCGACCCCGGCGAAUUCCUGUUCAACGAUUCUUGCUAUCAUUUCACUUGGCAUCGUUACCGUUGGAAGGAAGCUGAGGACUUCUGCAAGGAACGCAAAAGUCAUCUGCCCAGCGUCCACUCAGAGGACGAAAUCAAAUUCUUGUCAGGUGAGCGCCAAGACAAACUGACAAUUCCACGAUUAUCCCGCAAUGCUCACCAGCAUCUUUGUAACUUGCGCUUGUUCUGCUUUUCUCAAGAUCACCUAAAAGACGAUUACUGUUCUUGGGUGGGACUCAGGAAUAGGAAGGACAAUUUUAAGUUCACUGACGGAACAUCUACCAAUGAAGAUGUCAUACUGAAAUGCAAAACAUAA